UAAAAUCUUAUACUUUAACUACGGAACAGCCAUCUACGGUAACGUUGUGACGUAGUUACGCACGUACGUGCAAUGUCACCCGACAAACAACUUCCUACUUCCGGUUCGGUUUCGAGCUCUGUCCGGUGGUCAUUCAGUGGACCUGCAGGAGAAGAUGUUGGCCUGGUUUCUGCUGCUGUGUGUGCAGCUGAUGUUCGGCUGGAUCCGUGCGUCUGAACUCACCUUCGAGCUGCCGGACAACGCCAAGCAGUGCUUCUAUGAGGACAUCACCAUCGGCACCAAGUGCACGCUGGAGUUCCAGGUGGUCACUGGCGGUCACUAUGAUGUGGACUGUCGUCUGGAGGAUCCGGAUGGGACGGUCCUCUAUAAAGAGAUGAAGAAGCAGUACGACAGCUUCACCUUCACCGCCUCCAGAAACGGCACGUUCAAGUUCUGCUUCAGCAACGAGUUCUCCACCUUCACACACAAGACCGUGUACUUCGACUUUCAAGUCGGCGACGACCCUCCGCUUUUCCCCAACGAGAACCGAGUGACGGCUUUAACACAGAUGGAAUCCGCCUGCGUCUCUAUUCACGAGGCGCUGAAGUCCGUGAUCGACUAUCAGACACACUUCCGUCUGCGAGAGGCUCAGGGCCGCAGCCGAGCGGAGGAUCUGAACACCAGAGUGGCCUUCUGGUCCAUCGGAGAGGCCUGCAUCCUGCUGGUGGUCAGCAUCAGUCAGGUGGUUCUUCUCAGGAGCUUCUUCUCAGACAAGAAAACCACUACAACACGCGUGGGCUCGUAACUCCUCACACCGGGGCACAUCGAAGGGUUUUUAUACAAAGAAUUAGUUAUUUAAGCUGAAACACCUUGAGCUUGUUUUCUGUGGUCCUCAGCUCACAUCCAGCAGAAUAUUUCAGCGCUGAAAUUGAAACUGGUUUAUUUAUUUUGUGGCUGUGUGUUGAGUCUUUACAUGACGUGAGGAUGUACAGACACUGUAUACCUGCCUGACACACCAGUGCGGUUUAUAUACGUCUGCUUGUAUCAUCAUCAUCAUCAUCAUCAUCACUCGAGAUUAGUUCAUCCGUUCAGUCGUCAUAGAACCACUAUGUGUUUGAAUGUGAGAGAGCUGUAUUUGCUUUAUGUUGUAAAAACAAGCAUCCUUGCUAAUGUUUCCUAGUCAUCGUUUUCUUUUCAUGACUUUGGUGUUUCUUUUUAAUAGCGGUGAAUUGACUUUACUUUGUUUGAAUGGGUAAUAAAUGUCUGGAGGAAUGUC